AUUAAGGAACAUAUUUUCAGCUUCUGAUUAAUGAUAGGAUUAUAGGAAUAAGGAAUCUGAAUUGGUCUCGGCCUUGACAUGGCUACUGUACACGAGGUCUCUCUCCAGCUAGUACUAAAUCACUAAAUGCUAAGGGACCACAGCCUGGCCAAUAUCCUACAAAGGGACCAGGAAUUGGAGGCAGAUAGAUCUUAUAGAUGACCUAAUAUAUGCUGUGUAGAUAAUAGACAUGCAUCAAGCGAGGUCUUGAUCAUUUUGCAGUAACUUGUCAGGCUGCUCUACGUUUGAUCUCUUCUGGGCCUUCAUUUGAUCUUAGCCUUGUUUCGUUCAAGUUGGUUUUGUUGUUCUGAUCAUCUCCCUUCCUACUUCUAUUGAGGUUUUAUGAAUUCUGAAAUUAAUGUUCAGUCUGUUUCCAUAUCUGAAGGAGGAUUAGACUCCACGUUGCCAUGAUGUGGCAAGGGAUGCAUGGAUUGCUCAAACCACAUCAUAGCUUCAACAGCCACGUGCAUUCCCAGCAUUACCUUUUGAGAGAGAGAGCAAAAGAAAGGAGGAUAAUGGCAGAUACCAGGGGAGGUACUGUGGGUUUUAAUGAUGGGGAUGGAUGUCCUGUUCCAUGCCCUGGUGGCACAGCCCGCAGGUGUGGUUCAGUCAAGGAUACAAGCGGAGAGGGAGAGGGAGCUGGACACAAAAAAUGCUCAUGUGGCGAGCACUACUGUGGCUGCAAUCCAUGCACAUGCCCCAGGAGCGUGGUGACCACCGGCGUGGGCAAGGCCUACUGUACGUGUGGUGCUGGUUGUGCUUGUCCGACUUGCAGUUCUUGAAGAGAAGCUUUAGCCAGCUCGAGUAGAACGAAAGCAAGCUCCAUCAUCUCAUCGAUGAUGAGUGGCAUGCGUCUCUAGUUAAUUAGAGACUUAGGUUUGGCUUUAAAUAAGUAAAUAACGAGUUAGCUGAGUUAGUGUUUAAAUUUCAGCAGUACCAGAUUGAACGUUAUGAUGUGUUUGGAUGUUUAUGCGGAUGCUUUGUAAUAUCUAAAUUUUUUUACUCAAA